AAAUAACAGUUCUCAGUCCGAUAGAAGACAUGAAGAACAGUAGUAGAUUACGCAAUGGGUUUGUUCUCCUUUACGCCUCACAGAAAGGGAACGCGAAAGCCAUAGCAGAAGACUUAGCAGAGCAGUGUGAAUCCAAGGGCCUGAUCUGUGAACUGAGAUGUUGUAGUGAGAUUGGGAAGACUUUCAGCCUUGAAGAAACUAGGUGUCUUGUGUUGGUUGGAUCUACAACGGGUGACGGCGAACCUCCAGACACAGCUCGCAAAUUCUGGCGUCAGCUGCACAAAAAGGGUCAACCCAGCGAUGUCUUUGGUCACCUGUCUUAUACUGUACUAGGACUAGGUGACACUAAUUACACUAACUUUUGUAAUUUUGGCAAAACAAUCGAUCAGAAGCUCCAGGAUCUAGGUGGUAAAAGAUUUUAUCCAUGUGGUUGGGCUGAUGAUGGAACUGGCCUUGAAAUUGUGGUAGAACCGUGGAUUGAGGGACUUUUUCCUGCACUACAAAAACAUAUUGACAAGAUGGCUGAGGUAGUAGAUUCAUGUAAUGAAGUAGAAUUUGUAGAUAACUCAAGCACUUUGCAGCAGGUGAAUACUAACAUGAACAGUAUCAAUAAGGACCCAACCACUGAUGAUCCUUCUCUUUCCCAAAAUGUUCCAUCAUUGAAACACGAAGAAUCUUUAAAGGCUGAACGUAUUACUAAAGAUAAAGAAAUAAAAACUACUUCACAGAACAGCAAUGAGAAUAUUCUGAAAGGUGACCUGACAAGUGAAGAUACUUACACAAGAAUAGCCAAGAAAUACAACUUAGAUUUUUUGUCACGUGAUGAAUUACAGUGCCUCCCUGUGAGAACAUGUACAUUACCUGCAGAUGCAAAACUGACCUUGCCUGUUCUUCCAUCAGACUAUUUGAUGAUAAGGUACUUGGAAAAUAGUGAAAAGGAAUCAGGUCCUGAACAUGUACCAGCCUUACCCAGUGCUGCAUCAGAAGUAAUUAGGACAAGUGUGACUUCUAUUAGAAAAUUAACUCAACAUAAUUCUGUGAAAACUGCAUUAGAAGUUAGCCUAACAGUUCCUGAAUCCAUAAAUAGCUUAGAUUAUGAGCCUGGAGACUCAUUUGGGAUCAUUGUGCAGAACAGGGAGGAAGAAGUAGAACUCUUUCUCUCUUUGUUGGGUAUUAGUGAUGUAGCAGAAAAAAUGUAUGAACUCUCAGUUGAUCCAAGCACUAAGAAGAAAGGGGCUGCAAUACCAAAACAUAUACCUGUCAGGAGUUCUCUCCAUUUUGUUUUUCAGUCCUGUGUUGAUAUUAGAUCUGUUCCCAAAAAACCUUUGUUGAGAACUUUAGUCCAGUGGACAUCAGAUCCCACAGAAAAGAGGCGAUUGCAAGAACUAGUGAGUAAAGAAUGUGCAAGUGAGUAUGUAAAGUCUGUAAGAGAACAAGGGCUUACACUCAUAGAUUUAUUGUGCAUUUUCCAAACAUGUAAACCUCCAGUUACAACCCUCCUUGAACAUUUGCCACAGCUUCUACCCAGGGCAUAUUCAAUUACUUCUUCCCCUCUUGUUGCUUCUAGAAAAAUAUCUUUUGUAUUUAAUGUUGUUGAUAUUCCAAAAGAGAAGGCUACUAUCUUUGCCAGGAAAGGCAUUUGUACGGGCUGGCUUGCCUCUUUAUACAGAUCUGCUGAAAUGUCUAAACUAGAACAGUCUCUGGAAGUUUUGUCCAUUGAAGACAAAGGGCCAGUAUGUGUGCCUAUAUACCUUCGGACUAAUCAGAAUUUCCGCCUCCCAGCAGAUGUUUCAAGUCCAAUUAUAAUGAUUGGUCCAGGCACAGGAGUGGCACCAUUUGUAGGUUUCCUGCAGCAUAGACAUAGAAUGCAAAUAGAUUCUCCUGACAUCUCCUUUGGUGAAUCCUGGCUCUUUUACGGAUGCCGUCAUAAAGAAAGAGACUAUCUGUAUCGUGAGGAACUGGAAAAGUUCAGAGACGGUAAAAUCUUGACUAAUUUGAUUGUCUCCUUCUCUCGAGAUGAAAGUCCUCCAGGCAGUCCAAGAUAUGUGCAAGACAAUAUUAUCAAAUACGAUGUGGAAAUGGCAUCAUUGAUUAGUGAUAAAGCAGCUAUUGUUUAUGUUUGUGGAGAUGCACGCAACAUGUCAAAGGAUGUGUUUGACACUUUUGUUUCCAUACUUAAGCAACAGAGGGGCUUUACAGAAAUUGAAGCAAGAAGAUACAUGGCACAAAUGCAACUUGAAAAGAGAUAUUUACAAGAUGUUUGGUCAUAGUAUAGUUGAUAUAUCAUGUCCUGAUGAGUAAAUGUGUAUAACUUUACUUGAAUUAUGUUUGCUAUUGAACUGAGUUGUUUUAAUAGAUUUUAUUUUAGCAGACAUAUAUUUAUAUUUGCAAGAUGGAUUUUGUUAAAGUUAUUUGUUUUUAGAAGUAUAUGUACAUAGUACAUUUACUAUAUUUGUGUUGAUAUGUUCAUAUGAAUGUACAUAUACACAUGUUUGUAUAUACACACACAUAGCAUACAUAUAUAUAUUUACAUUUAUUGAUAGAUACAUAGAUACAGAUAAAUAGAUGUGUGUUUGUGUUUACACAUGAAUGAGAAGUGUAAGUGUUGCAGUCCUUGCCAAAAUGAUGUAGGGACUGGGGUCAGUUUUAAGAUGUUACCUAUCUUACAUCAGCCAGUCAGUCAGGCAUUCUCAGACAAACUUUGAGAUAAAUAUUUGAAGUAUUGGUAGGAACAUCAUUAGCACUAGAUUCUAGGUGGUACUUGAGCAGAGGCCAGGGGAAGUAUGACCAGUCAGUUUACUUAUGUUCCAUAACCUUCACAACCAAUCAGCUAACAGACCACUCUUUGGCUCACCUAGAUGUAUUGGUUGGUCUCACUCUUCAUCCUUUUCUCGAUUUCCCUAUUACACUAUCUCUUGUGCGCGCGCACACACACACACACACACACACACACACACACACACACACACACACACUCACACUCACACACUCUCACUCUCACUCUCCACUCUCAC